AUGUCAGCGUCACUUCAGUUGUCUAACGGUGAUAAGUUCCCAGAUGAUACAAAGUUGAUCCCAAGCGAACAGGAAUGUGUCGAUUUCAAGGUGGAUUUGCUAACCGGCCACUCUUCGAAAAAAGAACAAGAUUCUGAGAGUGAUUCGGAAACUUCAAGUGAAGAUGAUGAAGACGACACGAGUGACGAUGAACGAAAAAUUGCGGAUAAUCCUGUCUUAAAAGAAAGACUGAAACAUUUAGAUAAGUAUGCUUCUUCUUUUCGCUAUGAGACUUGCUCAUCGAACCCUGAGUCUGGUGUUGCAGGAUUUAACGACGACGCGGCCCUUGACUACAGACGAGUUUCAUCCGUCGACGAAAGGUCGCAUAGCCUUCGAUUGAAUGAAAGUGUCCCUAUGCAACCUCCUCUUUGUACUUCAGUACCCAGUACUAUUCCUGCAGCUUUGCCCCUUGAAAAGAAUCGUGGUUUUGCCUCUUCAUAUAGCGUGCAAUCUAUUGGCGGUAGUGUUGAUGCCUCCAUUAUUGAAAGACAUGAAUUCCCACCAAUGGCCUCAACUCUGGGCUUUUCAGAAACGGAUUAUGGGAACCAUCAUUCCGUCAGCAAGAACUGUGAUUCUUCCGGUGCUGCUGAUUCAGAGGACUACGAAUACAUACACAACCCAAGGAAACCCUAUAUUUGUGAUGUCGAAGGAUGUGAUCGGGCCUUUCGGACUCCCAAGUACCUAAAAAACCACCGCGAUGAAUUUCAUCAUAUGCAACCCAAGCAGUACCUUUGUCCCGUCGAUGGAUGUACUCUCGUGUUUCAUCGGAAAACUCACCUGAAACGCCAUGUUGCAACUCAUGACGAUUCAGAAAAGAAGUAUUACUGCAACUGGCCCGAGUGUCAACGGCGCUUUCGGACUAAGGAGUCGCUUGACCUUCAUUACAACAAGCACACCGGCGAAAAUCCAUUCCACUGUGAUUUGUGCUCCUUUACUUGCCGAGAGAAGAGUGUUCUGACCGAACACUAUCGUCAGAAGCACUCCAAGGGCUCCUCCAUUGUCUCGCCCGGCCCCAACUCCUUUGCCGCUCUCCAUCGACCGCUUCCGCCUCCUCCAAUUCUGCAGACAACUGCGGGUGGUGGCAUUCUCCCCGCCUCUGGCUCCGAGAUCAAUGGAGUCCUCGAUCCAAUUGACAAAGAUGACAUGCCCGAACUUUUUUCACCAAACUCCCCGUCUGUUGCACAAAGUAAGCACAACUUUCAGAUGACCCGAACCACUUCCUCGACCUCUGUACCUCAUUCCGCCCCCUCCUCUGCCUCCCCUGGGCAACAAAAUCUUGUCGGUGAUCCCAACAACGCCACAGCUCACAUCCUUCCCUCUAUCUUGGCUGUGUUAGAGAAGACAGCUGACUUGGAUCCAAAUGCACCCGAAUCAGAAGCUGCUCGCGAGUACGCUCGUUCCCUCCUUCCACCAUUUGUAACCGGCGAAUUACUGGCGGAGCAAGUUAACCAGGCCAUAAACGAAGUGAUUGCAAGUCUGGAGGAUCAGCCGCUUCAUGUGGUGCACGCUGUUUUUGCAUCCAGCAAGCCUCUUAACGCCGACGAGCUUCACAUGGUCGAGACACUGGAGAAUCAACUGACCUGUAACGCGGGUGCUCCCCUUAUUGCCCCCGCACCUCCGCGCAAACGGGGACGGCGACCAAAGUUGCAGCAGUUGCUCCAGCCUCACUUGGAGCGUCUGUACAACUUAGAACCGUGCACUGCCGAGGCGAUGGCUGUUCAUCUCGUCUCUCGGCAUAAUCCGCACACAUCGCCUUAUGCUAACAAGGACCCCUCAGUGAGAGGACGCGGUCGAGGCAGAGGCAGAGGACGCGGGCGUGGUCGGGGACCUGAUGGUGUUCACUGGCUCCCAGAAGUCGAUGACGGGAGUUUUGACAACAGCGGUGUCUCUCCGCGCGGUCAGUAUAUCGGGGCCAUUAGACGUGGCGGGCCUGGUUCGCGAGGUGGGCGAGGCCGAGGUUACAGAAUGCAGGCAAUGGACUACUCAUUGCCAGGUCGAUUUGACGAAGGAGAAGAGGAGGAAGACGAUGAGGGAGAAGACGAUAAUGACGACGGUCGGCGUUAUAGUGAGGGUGCUGAUGAAACCGAUCCCUCUACACAACUACGUCGAAGCCAGAGUUACUCACGUCAUAAGUUAUUGAAUGAAUCCGAAGCUGAUGAAGAACAGGAGUUGGAUAAGCUUGGAGUUGACGACGAGAUGCCUGACCAGGAGUACGAUCAAGACGCCCUAGAUGACCAGUCGAUGGAUCUUCGAAAGACUGCCUAUGCAAGAACUUCGGUAACACCGAUGCGUCCCCUUGGCAUGUACCCCUUGGACACCACAGGCAGCCACUGUUUUGAAAGAACUGAUGGGGACGGCCUGGGCGAAGUGCUUGAGGACCUCGGUUGCAUAUCUAGGCGUGGCACUGUAGUAAAACGAGAGACUUCUCUUUACCAGCCCAUGGAAGUGGCUGAUCCACGUAGUGGUGAAAUGGAUGUCUGUUCGCGUAGAAGUUCGGCGGCAGCUACCCCCUCUCAUGGACCCGUUCCCCUACCGUCGAUGGCUGCAUUGGCAUCUAGUUCAACUUCACCAGCUGAUCUUGCCUCUGGUUCUGGCAGGGCGAACCAUGGUCAAAUCGGGCCUGCGUCGGCUGCUAGUGCUUCCACAAUGUCGCCCAUCGUCGCUGGUAUUGGCGGCACCAACCAGCGCCCGCCUAGUCGACCUCUUGCUCAUCAAGCUAGCGUCCCUGAUUGUCCCCAGGUCACCUCCCCACUACUCCACUACCCAGCCUCCUCUUCUGGCAUGCACUGCAACCCACCUUCAGUAGGGGGACUUGGCGGUAUGGGCCCCUGGUCCGAAUCGAGUUACAGUUCUUCUAGCCAAGAAGCUUACAAACAGGCACCACCAAAUGUUUUCCUCCACGCCUCCCCCACCACCGCUAUGCCAUAUCGUCAACAGCAGCAGCAGCAGCAGCAACAUGCUAUACCCACUAUGAGGCCUGGAAGUGUCUCGCCUGAAUUCCAACAACUCCAGCGGGAACGAGUUAUGGCUUCCACUCCACCCUCCCAACGAGUGCUUCCAUCCAACCCAUACUUGGCACACCAGCAGCGAGCCACGCCACCCUCCGUCGCUGCCGGCGAUACCGUGGAUCACCUCCGUUCCCUCUCGGCUCUGGGCGCCAAGUAUACCCAACCGCUUCCAGAACCAAUUGAUCUGGGCGAGCAAAGGGAGCAUGCAAUGCCACUUCCCAUGAUCGGUUCCGGUUGUGGAGUACCCCCAGCGUCUCUUGGCAGCCUCCUUUCUGGUGAGUCGUAA